CAGUAUGCAAAGCACGGAAUGGCUCAACCCCAGCCGCAGUUCUGCUCGGGUGUAAAAAUCACCUUUCUUCUUAAUUUGUUCUGGGGCAAAUUGUUUCCGCCACAGGUGCAAGAGCCGUCGAUUUGCAUGAAAUCUAACCAAUGUGAGGCGGUAUGUUUGUGUUAACCGUUUCGGGCUGUGAUUUCGAAGGAAUUGGAAAAUAUAAAUCAGAUAUGAUGUAACGAAUGUUAUGUACACGAAAGUCUUAAAACGAUGAAUCCCCAAAAACUCGUGGCGAACAGGGUAUACUACAAUUUCACGAAUGCUUCUUCGUACCACAAGUACAAGAAUUUUUUCGUCGUUCUCCUGGUGGCGUCUGUUUUCAUAGCGGCGAGCUUGCCGUUCGUUUAUUUCGCCAACGACGUAUCCGGUAACGAUGAAAAAAUUAUUCUCGAUAAUUUGCAAUCCAUCCCGGAGGUGGUACUGUAUACGAGAGAUGAUUCGCCGGCGCCCAGGAACGUCAAGUGCACUCACUGGAACUGUUUCAAUAUCUAUCGUUGCGGCCACAGCGCCCGAGACCGAUUGACGGUAUACGUGUACCCUUUUAGAAAAUAUGUGUCCGAAAUGGGAGACAGGGCUAUCGCGGACGACAUUUCCAAAGAGUUUUAUACCAUCUUAUCGGCCAUAGUGAAUUCGAAAUAUUACACUUCCAAUCCGCGGGAGGCUUGUUUGUUUGUUCCAUCCAUCGAUACCCUGAAUCAGGAGCGGCUCGAUUUGAAUUUGACGUCGAGGGCGCUGAAAUCGCUUCCCUACUGGUCGAACGGGGAGAAUCACUUGAUAUUUAACAUGAUCGCCGGGACGGCUCCGGAUUUCUCACCGGUGGUCGAUUUGGAUCUGGGAAACGCGAUGGUGGCGGGCUCCGAUUUCGACUCUUUCGCGUUUCGACCGCGGUUUGAUGUACCGCUGCCCCAGUUCAGUCCCGUGGCGAAUUUGGGAGAACUGUCUGACAUUAAUUCUCAAAGACCGUGGUUGGUCGUGUCCGCGCAGCUCAACAUCGACCCCUAUUACCUCGACGAGCUGCAAAAGAUGGCGUACCGGUAUCGCAACAGCUUGUUGCUGUUGGACGCGUGCCACCCGCACAAAUACGCCGCCCGCUGCGACGUAAAUUCCGACCGGAGGUUUGUUUAUCCCCGCGUGUUGAGAAAAUCGACGUUCUGUUUGAUAUUUCGCGGAAAGCGGAUCGGCCAGAUGGCGCUGCACGAGGCGAUGGCCGCCAAUUGCGUGCCCGUCGUAGCGAUCGACGGUUGCGUUUUGCCGUUCUCGGAUGUGAUAGAUUGGAAACGUGUCGCCGUUUUCGUCAUGGAGAGCCAUUUGGGUACGCUGAUGGACGUUUUGCGAGGCGUUUCUCCCAAGCGAAUAGAGACGAUGCGCAAGGCGCUCAAAUUCUACUACGACACGUACUUUUCCACUCUGGAAAAGGUCGCGUUGACGACCUUGGAUGUGAUCCAGGAGCGGGCUUAUCCGCACUCGGCCAGGACUUACGACGACGUGAACUUGACCCCCGAAGAGGUAAACGAAAACCCGUUGUUCUUCCCCAGCACCGCGUCCAGGGCUUCCGGAUUCACGUCCGUCAUUUUGACGUACGAUCGCGUGACCAGCCUGUAUACGCUGAUCGAGCGGCUCGCCAAGGUGCCCAGCCUGGCGAAAAUCGUCGUCGUAUGGAACAACCAGAAGAAAAACCCGCCGCCACCGGCCGAUUUUCCGAAGAUCGAGAAACCGAUCAGCGUGAUCCGGACCAAAGCGAACCACCUGUCGAACCGUUUCUACCCGUACAAAGAGAUCGAGACGGAGGGCGUGUUGCACAUCGACGACGACAUCGUGAUGCUGACCGCGGACGAGGUGGAGUUCGCGUUCGAGGUGUGGCGCGAGUUCCCCGACCGCAUCGUCGGCUUCCCGUCGCGCACCCACGUCUGGAACAACGGGACGCGCGGCUGGCGCUACGAGUCCGAGUGGCUCAACGAGAUCUCGAUGGUGCUGACGGGGGCCGCGUUCCUCCACAAGUACUGGAGUUACUUGUACACGACCAGGUUGCCGGGAACGGUCCGCGAUUGGGUCGACGACAACAUGAACUGCGAGGACAUCGCGAUGAACUUCCUGGUUGCGAACGUGACGGGGAAGCCGCCCGUCAAGGUGACGCCCCGCAAAAAGUUCAAGUGUCCCGAGUGCACCAACACGGAGACGCUGUCCGCCGAUUGGGGUCACAUGAUCGCGAGGUCGCAGUGCGUCGACAGGUUCGCGCGGGCCUUCGGUCGGAUGCCGCUCCGGAGCGUCGAGUUCCGGGCGGAUCCGGUACUGUUCAAGGACGCUUUCCCGGAGAAGCUCAAGCGGUUCAACGAUAUCGGCAGUCUGUAACGUUCGGGAGGACCGGUAGGUAAUCCCGGGGACUUUGUUUUGUGUAAACCCGUACCCGCGGGAAAUAAAGAAACGGAAUGGAAUAAAUUCGUUGUCUAUUUUCUCUACGACGCGCGUUAUAUUCCGGUGCGAGAAUUUUUUCAACUUUUUCAGUUCCGAGACCACCCUAAAUGCCUGCCGAAUUUCAACCCGUGUGCUUUAAAUCUCCCACCCACCGAAGCUCCGUUACAGAGAACAGACAGGAAAUAAUAUAUGUUUUUUUUUCUACUAAUCGUUUUUAUAGAUUUUUUACAUAAUUGCUGCUUUUACAAAUUGCUGACAACCGGGUUCGUUUCGAUUGGAGGUAGUAUUGGU